AUGGGGAGAAUUAAGAAGGUGGCCAGCCAAAAGCAUGAGGCUACAAUUUCGCCCUUCUUGGGAGAAUUCAUUGGCCGUGCGACCAGCCUUCCCGUUCCAGAGCUUCCUUCGAUUUUGAGCACAUUCCCUAAGCUAUGGCCCUUCCCUCGCGGCGACCUCUACCACUGGAUCAAUGUCUUGGACCGCUUCGAUGAAAUCCUGGCCUCAGUCAUCGACAAAUAUUUCCUAAACAUUGGCCCGCAAACACAACCAUUUGGUCGAAGUGUGCUAGAGGAGUCGUAUGCGGCCGAUUCGACCCAUAUACCAGCCGAGGGUAUUGAUGCCAAGCUGAAUAGUUUGGGAUAUGGGCCCGAUGGAGACCGACAGUUGGUGGAGGCAAUCCUAGAGUUUUCGCGCCUACUUCUGGAAAAGUGCGGCAAUCGCAGUUUGUACAACAGCAGCGAGCGCCUGGGUGAUCUCCUGAACACUACAUCGCUGUCCCUCCUGCAAGCUACUCUGCGUUUGUCACUCUGCUUGGCUCAAAGAUAUCACUCUCGCCAGCGAGGAACCCACCAGCAGACUAUGCUGGCAACCCAUUAUAAUAUCGACUUGGAGAAGCUUUACAAGAUCGCUGCGCCUUUCCCGCGCCCGUUAAUUGUCAGCAAAACUCCACUUGUUGCGCCCCACGCUGUCUCGGUCAAGGGAAAGGAAAGUGCUGUACAGACCAAGCUCAAUGCAAAUGAACUGGUCUCACUCGUGCGCGACAAUGAGGAUUGGGAAGAAUGGGGGACCAUUCGCCUUCUCUAUUAUCCUUCUGGCUCCUCAGAGCAGACACGAACCAACUCCGAGGUUGGACAAACCGAUGUCAUUUCCCACGCUCCGUCCACGCCGACUCCUCUCCGGCGCAGUGCUACUCAUCCUACACCUCGGUUGAGCCGUGGAUCAAACGUGGAAGAGUCUCCCGCAGGUGCUCUUAACACCACCGGAAUACCAGACGAGCCAUCUCGCAGUGGUAAAUUCCUGGACCUUCCAUACUCGAAAGUCUCUUCAGACAAAAUAGAGGAUCUCCUUGCAACCAACCUGCCACAUCUGCCUCUCGAGUCGAAGUAUGAGUUGCUUCACAAAGCUCGUGUUGCCCAGGCUCUGACUGGGUCACGUGCCUCUCGUGAACAGAUUCUGGCGAUCCGGAUAUUGGCCGUGACGAACCUCGCCUACGUCAGUACCGAAUCCGUAUUCCAGCAGAAGGUCCUUCAAUAUGACAUGGAACAAUCAAAGCGUCUUCAGCUGACGUACCAAUUGGCCGAACUCGUUCACCUGGGCGCUAGUGGCGACCUCGAAGUAUCGAGAACGGUGCAGGCCUUAGCCAUCCAAGCCCUCGAUGCGCUUGCCAAACACAAAGCUCGCGCAAAUGACGUCUGUGCAGCCCUGAGUGUCAAUGUCAAUCAUGGGGUCCUGAUGUUCCUGACUCGUAAGGUCGUUAAUGAGUUGAGUGCUGAGGAUGAUAGCACGGAUGAUCCUUACCAUGACGAAUGGCGUGAUGCGCUUCUUGCUCUUUUGCGCACACUUCCGAGCUCCAGCUCUCGCACUCCGGAGACUCUCGUCGCCGCAGGUCUUAUCCCCAUGUUCGUAGAUAUCCUCAAUCUUCGGACGGAGAAAGCUCGUCGGGUUUACUCGCGCAUAAUGGAGUUCCUUGAUACCUUUGUUCAUGCUGUCCGUGAUGCAUUGGGUACUCUGACUGCGGCGAAGGGCUUUGAUGCUAUCUCUGAUCUGAUCGACCAUGAGACCAAGACUGCCUUCGAGAGGGUCUCCCGUGGAGACGGAUUCCCCGCCAAGUACAAGAAUCCGUCCAUUGAUUACCAGAUUCCCUAUUUCCAGCAGCAGACGUUGCGGUGGAUGUUCCGCUUUGUUAACCACAUCAUGCAACACAAUGGUGGUGGCUUUGACCGUGUUCUGCGAAACCUUAUUGAUUCCCCUCAGUUGCUUACCUCCUUACGGUUGGUGUUCGAGAACGCGCGGAUCUUCGGUUCCCACGUUUGGAGCAAUGCUGUGAAUAUUCUCAGCAGCUUCAUUCAUAAUGAGCCUACAAGCUAUGCUGUCAUCGCUGAAGCCGGCCUCAGUCGGAGUCUACUUGCCGCCGUGAUGGGUCGUGAGCUCCAAGCCAAGGAGAAGCCGCCUGCGGUGGAACCCGAAGUCGCCGCUCCUCAAGAAGGCGAUUCCUCUGCUCAACCGCCCACUGUUGCACCUGCUUCUCCCGUUGAGGAAAAGAAGAAGGACAAGGAAUACAUUCUUGCUAGGCCAAAGGAUACUCCUCUUGCUCCAGGUAUCAUCGCCGCUGCGGAUGCUCUUGCGUGCAUUCCCUCGGCAUUUGGCGCUAUUUGCUUGAACUCUUCGGGAUUGGACCUCUUCCAGUCCUCUGACGCGCUUGAAAGCUUCUUUGAAAUUUUCGAGAACCCCGAACAUGUCAAGUGCUUGAAGGAUGAUCCUAACCUGGUGCGAUCCCUGGGUACAACAUUCGAUGAGCUUGUUCGCCACCACCCAGCCCUGAAGGCCUCUAUCAUGACUGCCGUUCUUGUCAUGGCUGCCCGUGUCAAUCUCCUCGGCAGGGUCAAGGCCUGGGAGCUGGGAAUGGGCACCAAACUGUGGCAGGAGGAUUCAGACGGUCAGCUUGUUCUCUCCGGAGAUAUCUUUUCCCUGUUCCGUGAGAUUGGUGCUCCUGUCGAUGUGUCGGUCGAAGAUCCGACCGCCAUCGGCGCUCCUCAGCUGAAUGCUCAUUCUCUUCCAAAUGGUGGAAAGCUUGUCGUAGGCGAUAUCAACCAGCUCCUCCCGUCGCCGCAGGCCAGCUUCGAGCCGAUGGAUAAGGAUGAACAUGGCCUCACUGUCACAGACUAUCUGUUCCCUGCCAUCCGCUUCCUGGGCGCCUUCUUCGAGAACCAGCCAAAUUGCUCCUCUUUCAUUCUUGCUGGUGGUGCAGAGUUCGUCUUGGACUAUGCUACACUUCAGAGUCUGUCGUUCGAUUUUCAUAACACAGAUGCCAACCAAGAGCUUACGGUCCUGGUGCAUAUGCUUGCUGAGACGAAGCCGCACCUGAUUAUACCGUCUCUCCUGCACCGUGCCCAGUCAGCAGUUAACAAUCUCGAGUCCUUCUGGACUGCCCCCAAAGAGUCCGGCUUCUUCACGCCACUGACCAAGCCGACUGACUCAAAGGAGCCCGCACCAGAGCCGACCCCGGCUGUCAACCAUGGCACUUUCUUCGUGAAACACAUGAAUGCUGUUCUUGUUCUCACAGAUUUACUUCGCGAGAUCUAUGCCAUGCCUCUGUAUCAGACGCGGUCUGCUCAACAGAGCUAUCCUUUCAGCCAGGUCGUACUUGCAGACAAGUACUCCACCCUUGUUUCUUCACUUGGCAACCUUCAUGCUGCUUGCGUCUGGGAAGAAAUCAUGCUGGAGAAGAACAUCCCGGAGAAAUGGGUGCAAGCCACGAAGAACCCUUCGGACAAGCCCGGGUCUCAACCUGGAGCUGGCGCUCCUCAGGCCAAUCCAUCAGAGGUCCCUGCUACUGCUGGAACUCAGCCUGAAGGUUCGGGCGCGGCCGAGGGCAGCAAGCCCGCCGUCACAGAAGAAGUUGAAAGCGAGGAGAGCAAGGCGGCGACAGAGCGGAGUGCUGCUUUCAAGAACGUUCAAACUCUUCGUUAUCUUCUGAGCUCGCUCCCCUCCUCAAUCACGGGCUUCUUCCACAACCUGGGACUUGGCCUUAUCACCCGAAAGCGGAUGGAGAACAACAAUACUGCGAGGCAAAAUUCUAACAUGGUGGCUGAUGCUAUUGCCGAAGCUGUGCUUCGAGAACUGCAAUUCAGGCCCGCCAAUUCGUGUGACAGCUCGAGGCACCGCUUCGCCUAUCUCAUCGUCAUCCUUUCUUCAUUCUCGCAUCUGCUCUACGAAGUGACUGCCGAGCGUCCCCAAUCUAACUACCUUACUCUUGUUCUCGUCGCCUUCAAGCGAAAUAAUGGGUUGAAGGUCUUGAAGGACAUCUGCGAGAUCUUCAUGCGCGAAGUCAAGGCUCUCGAGCCAGCCCAGAACGAUCCUGACAAGACUGAUAAAGAGUUGGCUGAUCGGCUUACUUCCGCUUACGGUGGAAUAAAGAUUAUACUUGCGCUGUUCUCCGAGCUCGCUGCUGGAAAGAGUAUCGUUGAGUCCAACCAGACACAGGCCCUGACUAGCCACCAUGAUCGCGAUCGUGAUCGCCAUGAUUACUUCCAGCCCGGCCAAUUCUUGGUUGAUCUUCGCAUGGAAAUUCUUCCCAUGGCCCAGGAUAUGUGGAACUCGGAGUUCGCGACCCAGUCUUCAAGCCAAAUUAUUAAGUGUUUGGUUGACAUCCUUCGAUCCUCGCUGGAUGGAGAGUAUGAGACUGGUGCCGCGCACAGGUCGGAUAUCGCCCCUGCCGUGGUCGAAGCCACGAAGAAGCCCUUCAUGAUCAACAAGGACAAGCUGGCGAUUCUGACCGGAAAAGGGUUCGAAGACUCCGAGCUUAAUCACGAGGCUUUGUACCGCUGCAACAACAAUGCCAAUUAUGCGGAGGAAUACUGCAAUGCGCGCAAGUUCCUCCGGUCCCCGCCUAGAAUGCCUCCUGGCCCUGGUGAUGUUCAGACUGGCCCAUCUGAGGCCGCUUCUGGUGGUGAUGGCCCUGAAGACAAUGGCCUCGGGGAUGUUACCCCUCUUAGUCAUGGUCUUUUGGACCAAGGUGGUCUUGCCAUGAUUUUGGCUCAGGCUGGACGUCCUGUACGUGAUUCAUUGAACGAUGACGAUGACACUGGAAGUAUGGCACCUGCCAUGCGCGAUGGCCUGGCUCGAGCCAUUUCCAACGUCCUGAACGAGGAAGAGGGUAUCCGUGGUGACCGCGAAGAUCCUCUCUUCGAAACGGAUAGUCAGCAUCCGGCUCGCCGGGCAGCCCAGGCAUUCUCUGAGUCUGCCGAUCGACAACCUCCGAGAGUCAGCCAAACCCAGAGAGAGGGUCAGAGAGAAGAGGUGGUUGAGCGACGCCAGCUGACUACCGUCGAAGAUCUGGAUGCCCAAAGAGAAAAGGUCCGGGCAAACCUUAUUGAGCGAUCCCUAGAUGUCCUGAAUGAGCACCAUGACGUUUCUUUCGAGCUGGCCGACUUGAUCUCAUCUGCUAUCAAGAAGCAUCCUGAACCGGAGAGCUUCCGAAGGGACGUUGGCGAGACUCUUGUCCAGUCACUCGUCUCGCUGCAGAUGGAGAACUUCCAGACAGCAGGCAAGAAGGUUGCUGCCUAUGCACACAUUCUUGCUUUGGUUCUCCAGGAUCGGGAAAUGUACAACGCCACUCUCGAGGAGCUGAAGGAUUGCUUCUCAACAUUCCUUGGCUUUAUCAAACUCCCCACUCCCGAGAAGUCUGCAGAUGAGACUUUUCCGUGGAUCGGUCAUGUCUUGCUCAUUCUAGAGAAGCUGCUAUCUGAUGAUUGUCAACCACCGCAGAUCACCUGGUCUCCGCCAAGCCUUGACGAUCCGAACGGUGGCAAUGUCGGCCCUGCACACCUUGAAGAACCUCUUGUCUCUCUCGAGGAGAAGACGCAAUUAUUCGAGGCUCUGGUGGAAAUACUGCCUCGUAUUGGCAAAGAUGAUGUUCUCGCGCUAUCCGUCUGCCGAGUUUUAGUCAUUCUCACCCGUCACCGUAGCAUUGCCUCCCGCUUUGCGCCAAAGCGAAAUUUGCAGCGCCUCUUUGUUAUGGUUAAGCAAUUAGCUAGCGCCACAAACGACAAGCUUCAGAGUGCCUUCAUGUUGAUCUUGCGACAUAUUGUCGAAGAUGAAGCUACGAUCCGACAGAUCAUGAGUGCAGAGAUUGUUGGCAACUUUGAGAGUAAGCCCUCUCGCCAGAUUGACACCACUGGCUAUGUGCGACAGAUGUAUCAUCUUGUCCUCAGGAGCCCAGAGAUCUUCGUUGAGGUCUCUAACGAGAAGCUGCGUCUGGUGCGGUAUGAUGGUAGCCAUCGCACACAAGCCCUCGCAUUGAAAGAAGACCGCAAUGUUCGUCAACGCCAGGAGAAGGAUGCCAAAAACAAUGAGUCUUCCACUGCCGAGGCAUCGUCGACUGCCGAGGAGAAGGUCAAGGAGAAGGAGAAAGACAAAGGCCAAGCUAAGAAUACCGACUUGAAGCCUCCCGUUGUGGAGAACCCUGACGGGGUUAUUCACUACCUCCUUUCUGAGCUUAUGUCCUAUAAGGAUGUGGAUGACAAGGAGCCUGCAACGACAGAAUCAACAGAACACCCGGUCCAGGAUCAGUCUGAACCUCAAACCGAUGUUGAGAUGUCCAUGGAUGAGCCCACCCCUUCGGUGACCAGUAGCGCUGAUGCCCAGACUAGUCGCGCACCCAAGAAGGGCGAAAAGCCAUUGUUCAAGGCCGAGGACCAUCCUAUCUACAUCUACCGAUGUUUCCUCCUUCAGUGCUUGACUGAACUUCUUGGCUCCUACACCCGGACCAAGGUCGAGUUCAUCAACUUCUCGCGUAAGGCUGAUCCGCUCGCUUCGACUCCUUCUAAACCUCGAUCCGGCAUUCUCAACUAUAUGCUGAAUGCACUUGUGCCUCUCGGCACUAUGGAACACGAUGAGACUCUGGCUUUCAAGAAGCGCAGCAUCACCUCCACCUGGACUAUGCAGGUGCUUGUGGCCCUGUGCACCAAGACAUAUGAAUUGCCUGGUUCCAGACGUCGGACUGAGCAGAAGCCAACUGAAGAGGAUGAGCAGGAGGUGGCUUUCGUUCGCCGCUUUGUGUUGGAGCAUGCUCUCCGCUCCUUCAAGGACGCCAAUGCAUCAACCGAACCCUUGGAUGUCAAGUAUUCCAAGCUCAUGUCCUUGGCAGACCUCUUCGAUAAGAUGCUUAGUGGGUACUCUUACUCCCAGGAUGCGGGCUUCCCCAAUUCGGCAAGACAAAUCGCAAAGGCCAUGUUUGAAAAGCACUUCAUUCCUGCGCUUACUGCCUCAGUUGCUGAGAUUGACUUAAACUUCCCUUCGUCCAAGCGUGUCAUCAAGUAUAUUCUGCGUCCAAUCAACAAACUCACUCAAACUGCUGUGAUGCUCAGUGACAAUGGCGAGAUUUCAACAUCCAGCUCAGGUGAAAACGAGGAUGACGAGAUUUCAUCCGCCACCUCCGUUUCGGACAUGGAAGAUGAACGAGAGGAAACUCCUGAUCUUUUCCGUCAUUCUACGCUUGGUAUGCUGGAGCCCCGCCAUGAGGAGGAAACUAGCUCCGAAGAGUCCGAAGGCGAAGACGAUGAGAUGUAUGAUGACGAAUAUGACGAUGAGAUGGACUACGAUGAGGAUGUUCCUGAGGACGACGGUGAAGUUGUCAGCGAUGAAGAAGAUGACGUGGACGGUAUCGGUCCCAUCGAAGGUCUUCCUGGGGAUGCAGUCGAAGUCAUAAUCGACGAUGAGGACGACGACGAUGAUGACGAUGAGGAUGACGACGAUGAUGAUCUUGACCACUCAGACAUGGAAGAGGACGAUGACAUCUAUGCCGGAGAAAUCACCGGCGAUCGUGACAAUGAGAGCCUCGACGAUGGUGAAGACGAUGAGUGGGAGAGCGAAGAGAUCACAGAAGAUGAGGAAGAGGCCGAGAUGAUGAACCAGUUCGAAGAUGAGCUGGCUGACAUGCGUCAAUCCAAUCGGCCCGAUGCCCAAAACCGCAUUAACGACCUGUUCCGCGCUCUCAACCAAGCUACCGGCGUGGAUGGUCUUCACGAUCAUCCUCUUGGAGGUGAUAUUCAUGAUGAGAUCCUCGAUGAUCUGAAUGAGGAAGGAGGUUCGUCAUUACCCCAUUCCUCUCCACCACUCUUCAUUAUUGAUCAACGAAUUACAGAAGACGACGAGAUGGACGAGCUUGAGGAGGAAGCCGAUGACUAUGAUGAUUAUGACAUGGACCAAGGGUCUGAAGGAGACAUGGAAGGUGAGCAGCGUUUAAUGUGGCUUACCUGGGAUGAGUUAAGGCUAACAAAAAGCGUUCUACUAGAUGAUGAUCUCCUUGAGCCCUGGGGUUGGGAGGGCGAUGAGCCCCCACCACCUCGGCAUCACCAUAACCGCAUGCGUGGUGGCCCUCCCCCUGCCUGGGCUGCUGUCACUGAAAUCAUGCCUGGCCGCCAUGGUGGCCUCGUUCCGAUCCAGCCCUUCCACCGUGUCCACAGAAACCAGGUGCCAUCCCGUGGUAAUGACGAUGGAACUAACCCUCUCCUUGUUCGAAACGACCGCGGUACCGAUCCUAAUGCUCAUCUUCGAGCACCCGGUGCUGAACUCUUUGCUGACUGGGCUCAACUAGACGGCGGUAGUCGUUUUGUUCAACUGGAUAGCCCCAUGAGCUUCAUGAAUGCCAUUAUGGCUGCUAUCGGUGGUGGGCAGCAGGCACCCGGGUUGGGAGUUGUCACUCGCCCCGAUGGUAUCCACGUUCAUGUCGACCGACGGGCAAUCCUGCCUAACCGUCUCACCGACUUGUUUGGAGGCGGCCGGCCUCAGACUUCACAAUCUCGCCGCGAUGAUCCUCACAAUGCGGUCAAGUUUACUCUUUCCACCACGAGACACCGUUGGCAGGAAGAAGCUCGUAUCCUCUUCAGCAGUACCUACGCGGAGAAGUGCCAACGUGUUGUCAACUCUUUGUUGAGAGCUAUGGUCCCUCCCGCUAUUCAAGAGGAGAAGGUGCGCCGCAAGCAACUGGAAGAUGAGAAGAAACGUGCCGAUGAGGAACGGGCUGAGGAAGAACGCAAGGAGCAGGCUGCUCGCGAGGAAGAAGAGCGGGAGCGCAAGCGCAAGGAAGAAGAGGAGAAUGCCCGGCGAGAGGCCGAGAGAGAACAGCUGGAAGCGGAGCGACAAGCUACCGGAGUCGCUGAGCCCAUGGAAGAUAUUCAACAGUCCGAUGCCGCGGCUGAAGCGGCCAGCUCUGCUCAACCUGAGGCAGAGCCUGUAGAGCCAGCCCAACGUGUUCACACUACUAUCCGGGGUCGCCAGCUUGAUAUUACUGGGCUAGAGAUUGACCCUGAGUACCUGGAGGCUCUGCCCGAGGAGCUUCGAGAGGAGGUAAUCAUGCAGCAGCUUGCCGAGCAGCGAUCUCAAGCUGCCGCUGCCGGUGAGGAGCCUACCGAGAUCAAUCAGGAGUUCCUGGAAGCCUUACCCGCGGAGAUCCGAGACGAAUUGCUACAGCAGGAAGCCGCUGAUCGGCGGCGACGGGAACGUGAGACUGCACGCCGGCAGGCUGCUGCUGGCGGUGCCGCACCGCGCGCUGAGGACAUGGAUGCCGCUAGUUUCCUUGCUACCCUAGAUCCCUCUUUGCGCCAAGCCGUUCUCGCCGAUCAGCCCGAGGACGUGCUUGCAACAUUGGGCCCCGAGUAUCUUUCCGAGGCCCGAGCUCUAGGUGGCCGCCGCAUUGCGCAGUUCGGCGAUAUCACCGGUGCUGGAAUGGAGCAUCGCCCUAGAAAUGAGCCCGCUGGUGAUCUGGAAGCUAAGAAGACUCAAAGACGCCCGGUUGUUCAAAUGCUCGAUAAGGCCGGUGUCGCAACCCUGCUUCGUCUGAUGUUCAUGCCUCUUCAGGGCAAUGCACGCCACUUGCUGAACGAUAUUCUCCACAACGUUUGCGAGAACCGUCAAAACAGAGGCGAAGUCAUCAGCCUUAUUCUUUCUGUCCUGCAGGAUGGCAGUGUUGAUUCUUCUGCGAUUGAGCGCAGUUUCUCGCAUCUUUCUCUUCGUGCGAAGGCCCCUGGUGCUCCGAAGACUCCCCAGUCUGCCAAGCGCAAUAUCUCUCUACAGACGUCUUCGAGCAUCAGCAGCGAAGUCACUCCAAUCAUGGUGGUGCAGCAGUGUCUGGCAACGCUUUCUUUCCUUGCCCAAUUCAACCCUCACAUUCCUUGGUUCUUCUUGACCGAGCAUGAUUCGGCUUCUUCUCUCAAGCUGAAGGCCCUCCGCAAGGGCAAGGGUAAGGAGAACCGCGCCAACAAGUUCGCCCUCAAUGCUUUACUCACUCUACUGGAUCGCAAGUUGAUCAUGGAUAGCCCGAACUGUAUGGAGCAGCUGUCCAAUCUCUUGAGCAGCAUUACCCAGCCGCUUACUGUUCUCCUCCGCCGUGAGAAGGAGAAACACGAGGAGCAAGAGAAGGGCAAGAAGCCUGUGGAUGCUCCGACUGAGGAGGCUACUGAACAACCUGCGGAGCCUACUGAAUCUGGCGCGGACACCACCAUGACCGACGCACCUCUGCCUACUGUUGAGAAUGCUGAAGAUCAGGGUACCACUGCGGAUGGUGAAGUGGCUGGGGACGAAAAGAAGGCUGGCGAUGAGCAGUCUACUGAUGAGAAGCGCAAGCGCCGAUCCAUUGAGCCCCCAGUAGUUCCCGACCACAAUCUCCGACUGGUUGUUCACAUUCUUGCAGCUCGUGAAUGCAAUGGAAAGACUUUCCGUGACACUCUAUCCACCAUCAACAACCUUUCGAUCAUUCCUGGAGCUCGGGAUGUCAUCGGUGAGGAGCUUGUUGGUCAAGCGCAGACCCUCAGCGAUACCAUCUUGGCCGAUCUUGGAGAGCUUCUUCCUCAUAUCCACCAGGCUAAGACCGGUACUGACAUGCAAGGUCUGGCUCUGGCUAAGUUCUCCCCAGCUAGCUCCGACCAGGCCAAACUGCUCCGUAUCCUUACGGCUCUCGAUUAUCUCUUCGAUCCUUCUCGGGUUGACAAGUCUAAGGCCCCGGAGCCCGAAUCCGCACACAAGGAGGAUGUACUCAAGAGACUGUAUGAGAGUGCUACUUUCGGCCCCCUGUGGACCAAGCUGAGCGACUGCAUGACGGUCAUUCGCCAGAAGGAGAACAUGCUGAACGUGGCCACCAUUCUCCUGCCGCUGAUCGAAGCAUUGAUGGUCGUCUGCAAGAACACUACCCUCAAGGAUCAGCCGCUGUCUCGUGGCAGCCGUGAGCUGUCUGUCAACAGCGUUUCGGCAGAUGCUGGCCUGAGCAUGGAAAACCUCUUCUUCAAGUUCACUGAGGAACACCGCAAGAUCCUCAAUGAGCUUGUCCGUCAGAACCCAAGACUGAUGAGUGGUACUUUCUCUCUGCUCGUGAAGAACCCUAAGGUCCUCGAGUUUGACAACAAGCGCAACUACUUCACUCGUCGUGUGCACUCUCGCGGCGCCGAGCCUCGCCACACUCACGCUCCUCUUCAACUCUCUGUCCGCCGUGACCAAGUCUUCCUUGACUCCUUCAAAUCUCUGUACUUCAAGAGUGCGGAUGAACUGAAGUACGGCAAGUUGAACGUGCGAUUCCAUGGCGAAGAAGGUGUGGAUGCCGGCGGUGUGACCCGCGAAUGGUUCCAGGUCCUCGCUCGCGGCAUGUUCAACCCUAACUACGCACUCUUCAUCCCCGUCGCUGCCGAUCGGACUACAUUCCACCCCAACCGUCUCAGUGGUGUCAAUUCCGAGCAUCUAAUGUUCUUCAAGUUCAUUGGACGGAUUAUCGGCAAGGCCUUGUACGAGGGCCGCGUUCUGGAUUGCCACUUCUCUCGUGCUGUUUACAAGUGUAUUCUUGGACGCACGGUUUCUAUCAAGGACAUGGAAACACUUGAUUUGGACUACUACAAGUCUUUGCUUUGGAUGCUCGAGAAUGACAUUACCGACAUUAUCACCGAGAACUUCGCCAUCGAGACCGAUGACUUUGGCGAGAAACAGGUGAUCGACCUGAUCCCUGAUGGUCGCAAUAUCCCAGUCACCCAGGAGAACAAGGAGCAGUACAUCCAGCGUGUUGUUGAAUAUCGUCUGGUGGAGUCUGUGCGGGAGCAGCUUGACAACUUCCUGAAGGGCUUCCAUGAGAUCAUUCCUCCAGAUUUGAUCUCCAUCUUCAACGAGCAAGAACUCGAGCUUCUGAUCUCGGGUCUGCCCGAGAUUGACGUCGACGAGUGGAAGAACAACACUGAGUACCACAACUACUCUGCAUCCUCGUCGCAGAUCCAAUGGUUCUGGCGUGCUGUCCGCUCCUUUGACAAGGAAGAGCGUGCCAAGCUACUGCAGUUCGUCACCGGCACUUCCAAGGUCCCUCUCAACGGCUUCAAGGAGCUAGAGGGUAUGAAUGGUGUUAGCAAGUUCAACAUCCACCGCGACUAUGGCAACAAAGAUCGCCUUCCCAGCUCGCACACAUGCUUCAACCAGCUUGAUCUCCCUGAAUAUGAAAGCUAUGAACAUCUCCGCCAGCGCCUGUAUACAGCGAUGACGGCUGGCAGCGAUUACUUCGGUUUCGCAUAG